AUGGCAAUGAUUCUCACGCCACGCCCCAGAUCUUACCCCUCCAACGAGACCCUGCGCGAACAUUACAGCUACGUGGGCAAGCUGGAGGAGAGGCUGAAGGGCGCUUCCGAGGGCAGCACGCUCACCACCGCCCUGUUCUUGAUCAUCUGCAGCUUCAUUGUCUUGGAGAACCUGAUGGUCUUGAUUGCCAUCUGGAAAAACAAUAAAUUCCACAACCGCAUGUACUUUUUCAUUGGUAACCUGGCCCUCUGCGACCUGCUGGCCGGCAUAGCCUACAAGGUCAACAUUCUGAUGUCGGGCAAGAGGACGCUGAGCCUCUCCCUGACGGUCUGGUUCCUACGGGAAGGCAGCAUGUUUGUGGCCCUUGGGGCGUCCACCUGUAGCCUGCUGGCCAUUGCUAUUGAGAGACACUUGACCAUGAUCAAAAUGAGGCCGUACGAUGCCAACAAGAAGCACCGUGUCUUUCUUCUGAUCGGAAUGUGCUGGCUCAUCGCCUUCUCGCUGGGCGCCUUACCCAUCCUGGGCUGGAACUGCCUGCACAACCUGCCCGACUGCUCCACCAUCCUGCCCCUCUACUCCAAGAAGUACAUCGCGUUCUGCAUCAGCAUCUUCAUAGCCAUCCUGGUGGCCAUCGUGAUCCUGUACGCACGCAUCUACUUCCUGGUGAAGUCCAGCAGCCGCAGGGUGGCCAGCCCGCACAACUCAGAGCGGUCCAUGGCCCUGCUGCGGACCGUGGUGAUCGUGGUGAGCGUGUUCAUCGCCUGCUGGUCCCCGCUCUUCAUCCUCUUCCUCGUGGACGUGGCCUGCAAGGUGAAGGAGUGCGCUGUUCUGUUCAAGGCCCAGUGGUUCAUCCUGCUGGCCGUGCUCAACUCCGCCAUGAACCCCGUCAUCUACACGCUGGCCAGCAAGGAGAUGCGGCGGGCCUUCUUCCGACUCGUCUGCACCUGCCUGGUCAGGGGCCGGGGCGCCCACUCCUCACCCAUCCAGCCCGCUCUCGAUCCAAGCAGAAGCAAAUCCAGCGGCAGCAACAACAGCAGCCCCUCCCCCAAAAGCAAGGAAAACCUCCCCCAAAUGGCCGCCUCGCCCUGCAUCACCGACAGAAACAAAACCCUGCAGAACGGAGUCAUCUACAAGUGA